GGAAGAAUCAAAUAAACGAUUUUUUUGUCCUCUUCCCUUCAAGGAACUCCCUUUUCCACAAAAAGACAAGUUACGUUUCAGUACUUGUUUAUUGUGCUCUUUUCGGAGCGACUGAGGCCGUCCGUGGUAUGAGAGGUUGUGUUGUAUGAGGACCACGCCGGCAGGCUGGACGGUUUUCUUGCUUAAAACUGAUUUUAUUUAGUUCUUCGUUCUUGUAGUUCAAGUUCUCAUGCGACUCUAGGUUUUACUGAGACGAGGUACUACCAUGUCGUUCGAUGACGGCGUCGGCGCUUCAGUUAUCUCUGCCGCACCACUGGGAUCAUGUUCAACGCACCGUACCAUGGACCAUAUGCGGUCGUCGACUGAACCGUUGCGUGAAGAAGAAGCAGUGGAUGAGUCUCGCAUAAUGGAUGCGACCGCGGGAAACAAAAGAGCCGUAACUUCCAAUUCCACGCAAGAAACGUCUCGCGAAGAAAACAACUCUCUGGAAGCCUCGAUUUCGGCCUUGCGAAGCUACUACCAGCAGCAAAGUUCUUGCUCUUCCUCAUCUUCGACGCCAGCAAGUCGCCGGAAUGGUGGUGGAGCAGGUUUUUUGUUGAUUGUUGCAAUAUGUACAGCUAGCUUUCAACAUCUUUCUGUGUGCACAAAUGUAGACCACCUAAGCUGCGAAAAUAGUUCAUCUUCGGAAAUUGAAUCAGGUCCGGCAGGAGCGCCACGGUAUUUUCUGCGGCAGUACCACAGUGAGGAAGAAGAGGUGGUAUCGCUGGAGGAAAAGCAGGAUAAAAUCUACGCAAAUCCAUUCCUGCCACCUGCAGAGCAGCAAAUUUCUCCUUCAGCACGGCCGCUGUAUUCAUGCACCGGUAUAAUUGAUGGCAAUGAAGCCGAUGCCAGUAUUAAAGUGGCCGACGGUUUCGAAGACACGGAGAGCAGGAGGAAGCCGGACUUUUAUAUUUCCCAAGGCAGAGAUCAUGUUCUUGCAAGAGCAACGACAGAAACCGCAGCGGCGGGCGGCACAGGAGAAGUGACUGACACAGCUGCGGGGAAGUUGGAAAACAAGACGGAGCGGCACCUUCCCGACGAGGAGGUCGCAAGAAUCCCGGACGCGAUUGCACUCGACCAGAGCAUUGUUUUGCCAGCCCCGGGGAGUGAGGGGCAAGUAGAUGUGCAGCUGGACCAGCCUACAACUAACUCACAGAGUAGCCUUGGUGCUAUUGCCGAUGGAACUGCUGCUGCCGCUGCUCCUGGGAAAAUAGAGGCCGCGGGAAGUGCCACAGGAUCAGAGCGAGCAGCUCCAAGUAUAGCCUCAGCUCCUCCUGCUCCUGGGAAUUUCUCCGGCACGAACGGAAUUGAAAAAGGCACGAACGUCACACAUGCCGAUGAUUAUCAGCAAAAAGAAGUAGAGGACCAAUCUCCCGCGCCGGUAGCUUGUGGUACAACGCGAAGGGACGGAGAACAAAAUGCACUUUAUUCAAGACUCGUCGGGACCGCGGAAGGACUAAAAAAUCCCAUCGCGUUCCCCUCGCCUUCGCGCGAAGAAAUUUUGUCGGCCGAGUCGGUCGGUAAAGAGCUGGAGCAGCUAAACUUGUCCGUCGACAGCGACGGCGGGGGCAAGCUGUAUGCCGCGGCGAGCCUGCUGAAGGCGGUGGCGGAGAAAGAUAAGCAGAAGAAGCAGGAUUUACUCACCUACUACACCGACCGGUGCGCCAGAUUGGAGCAGCAGCUGGAGGAGCAGGCUUUACAGUCGGGCGCCUUCGCGAAGUCAGUUUACGACGAAUUUGCGCAGGAAAGACUCGUAUCAAAUGUAAAAAUGUCUGGGUCUGGAAGGUUACCAGGUUUGUCAUGCAUAUUUUGCAUGACUCAGGUUGUCUGUAAUGCAUGAUCUAGCAUCACAUAUUUCUCGAGGCCUCCCUGAUGCCUAUCCCGCAUGACAAGUGCCCUCCCCGCGUAGCACAAACUGGACGCCUAAUGCUGCUCAUGCAAUACAGAUUUUUUUAGACUCCAAAGUUAGCAUCACAAGUUGCAUUCUACCAGAGCCAGACAUUUUUACAUUUGAUAACUCGUGUACGAGAAGCGGAUUGCGGAUUUGACCGAGGCACACGACUUAUGGAAGCGUCAGGUUUGAAAUCGUCAGAGUUGAAAGAAUUUGUAAUGCAUAAAAUGCUACACAAAAAGUGACUCUAUUGCAGAGGACCCACGGGAGGCAGAUUAUAGUCCUGGCAAGGGUCAAAAGGUGGACUGCUAACUAGCAUGACAGAAGGCAGCUGUUCUGCCCUAAACCGCAUGACAGACUCGCUUCCAGGACCGGGAAAAUUUGUCAUGCACCGACUACAAACUGUAGGUCUAGCUGGUAUCCGUUUUAUGCAUGACAAACUAUUUCAACUUUGACGAUUUCAAACCUGACACAUCCAUACGACUUGCGGGCGAAGGAGGUGGCGGAAGGGCGGAAGCAAUACGAACGACAGGAACAGGACCUGCGUACUGUCAAAAGUUUUUGCGUGGACGAGAAAUUUGGUUCAGCUGGAAAAAGACGAAUGGUAAAAUUGUCAUUGUGACAGGUAAAAUUUAGGUUGUCGUUUUUGUCCGAUAAAACUCAACAUUUUUGAACUUACCAGAUCGUUUGGAGAGCCAGUGCAAACGCCAGCUCCAGGAUCUGCAGAAGUUGCAGCAGCAACUCGCUCUUGCAAAGCAACAGCACCAGGCAGAGCGCACCGGAGAUGAAAGUGGUCUCACUACGGCGGGUUCCGGAAAUGUAGAACCCGCAUCCUUUGUACCACCGCCUGCAGCAUCCAGCUCUAAAGAACUACAGCAGGCGGAACAACUUGGAAAGCCACGCUCUACUGCAGCUGCCUGUUCCACGAUCGCUUCGGACCUUCCGGCCUUCGCGCCGCCGACUCGCACGCGACAGGAUCCUGUUGGAAGUACCAACGCGACCAUCGAGCGAGUCGCACAGGUGGCUACAUCAUCGGCAGUACCAAACAACCAAUGCGAACCUGCUAAUUCAUCUUCGGUUCGCGACAUUUGCAAGGAAGUGGAGCAACUGUGCGACCAGGUGAGUUUCCGGCCGCCCGCACUGGUGCCGGUGGUGGAGCAAAGCACUAUCGCUCCGGAGUACCGGAUCGUGCCGUUGGAAGAGCUGGUGCCGCCAAAAGGAAAGACGCCAAGCAGUAGCUCAUCUACUGGCGGCAAGGGCGAUCGUAGAGGUGUCACUGAGCAGAAUUUUUCUACGAGCGAGCAGCACGGGCCCGCAGGACUCAUACCUCCAGACGGCGGCGCUCAUAAUUGCUCCGGACAAGUACAAUGUGCAGAGCAACCCGAUGAAAUACAUGAGCCGGAGCUCUCCCAGCUGGAGCGGAGUUUCCAGAAGCACAAGGAACGACUCCGCCGGAAGCAGGUGCAGUUGGGAAGCAGCUUUGCGGGAGGAGGAGGAGGGCUGUCAGAAACUGCAAACUCCAGCAGUGCAUCAACAGCGGCAUCAACAACAUCGAUGGGAAACAAAGAUAUUAAAGCUUCAGCUAUUUCCUCAUCUUCCCACACCAAUUCGAGCAAGCGGAAAAGCAGUCCGUUGGCUGUGAAGUACCCACGGGGAAAUCGGGUAAAAACUGCUCCCGCGGAAAGGCAAGGCCAGGGGCGUGCAGUCCUCGUCCCGAAAGUUGGUGCGGCAACUAGGACCACGGGAGCGGGCAGUUCUGUCGGGGGUGGGAGCAGCAGUAGCACUGCAGGCCGUGAUGUGAGAAUAGCAGGAAGGAAAAGCAGCACUGAUAUCAAAACCAUUGCAGGUGCAGCUCCUGCUGAAAUCCGAACUACAGGUCGUGGGCCAAAGCCUGACGCAGCACCAGCUCAUUCCUCAACGCUGACAGGGAAGAAUCUGAAGAACCAAGUUCAGGAGCAAUCGCAGGGACCUACUUCCGGUUGCCUGGCGAAUCAGGGUGGACAUGGCCGAGGAGCGACAAACAAUCCCAUUGCAGUGACUACUUCUUCCGAGUCGAAGGCAGAUGAUGGUGGCGCUGUGGUCCUGGCAGCUGCUCCAAGAGCCACUACUUCUACAACUACGCACAACUUCCAGGACACCGAGAGAGUCGCGCGCACGCAGUUGGAAUCGUCUAGUGCCGCAGGCCCUCCGCGGACUCCUCCCGCGAGUGACGGGCAUCAAGCCCCGUCGAGCAAACUGAAGAUCGUGGACACGAUGGUCGUGCAGCAGGAGGAGCAUGUCCCGAACGGUGCGGAACAGGACGAACUAGCCACGCCGAGAGCAACAAACGCAGAGCAGAAGCGGCUGCAGCAAACUUCCAUCGACCCUGACACCACGGCGGUGAGCAGCGCGAGUCAGCUGCACCAGUCCAACGCGGGGUUCUACCGACCGCUUGCACCCUCGCCCAACGAGAAAUCGCCCAUCCCGAGACACGACAACGGGAACCAGCGACCGCAGGCCGGGGCUGCGGGUGCGAACAAAUCUACUUCAAACACUGCUACUAGUUGUGGUCCUUCGAAGGCGACCACGGUCGCGACAUGCGGGGGAGACGACGGCGGUAGUUGUGGUGCGACCUUGUUGUCCAGUGUGGCGUCGAAAGAACUGGCACAAGGUGGUCCCUGUGACGCUUCGAACGUGUAUGAGAUGGAACGGCGGGCUUCUGCUUUUUGUCAGUGUUUGCUGCUAAAUUUUUGGAUGUGUCUUCCCGCUUUAUUGCAUCGGACGUGAUGUGGGGUAUAGAUCAUGAUUGCAAAUGUAUUUUUGCAUGCAAAUGCAAAUGCUUAGUGUUAGCAGGGCUUACGCCUUUUUGUCCGUUCCAUACCAUCACGAUCGAUUCGAAAAAGGACGGUUUGCGGCACUUGUUGCCGGGCAGCGGGGCUGGCAUUGCGCUGGACGACUCGGCUCUCACCCGGGAAGAAGCAGCUGGGAGGGAAGGAGGUAUGAUUUAUUGAAAAGUUGCUGUGGUGUACUUGUAAGGGACGUCGAAAGCACAACGAUAACUGCAGGGGAAAUCUUUUGACCCAAUUCAAUAUUUUUAUACUGACAGCAUCAGCAACAUCUUCACCGUCCUCGCUUCAUCAUCCUGGUUUCGCGCCCCCGAACCUCGCGGCCUCGCCGCUGGGCGGCUCGAGACACUACAGCACCGCGACUGAUCUCGCCGUCGGGGCAGGAGAACAGGAAGCGCUCUCGCAGGUAGAGCCCAGUACUAUAGCCGCGUCGUCCCCGCCGGUCCAGCGUCUGAUCAUUGACGACACGAGCCAGCAGAAUUUGUAUCCCCGGCCGCAAAUCAUCCUCCGGAUAUCAAAUGCAAAAAUGUCUGGGUCUGGAAGAUUGCGAGAUUUGUCAUGCUAGUCUAGCAUGACUCUGCACUCUGUAUUGCGUGGCCACCAAGAGGUCCUCUUGCCUGUCAUGCAAAAGCGCAGGCUCUCAUGCGAAAUACGCAGUACAGAAACACGAAAAAACUUGUCAUGCUUGGCGGCGCAUUACAGAGCAGUAUUUUGUUCACGGACUUGCAUCACAAGUUUCCAGACCCAGACAUUUUUGCAGUUGAUACCGGAAGUACUGCAACAACGCCGAAAAAAUAAUGUGGCGUCUGGAGAACGCGAGUUUGAAGAUCCGCGAGCACGGGAAGGGGGUCUGCUUGCUGUCGCCAACCUUCUACUACGAGCCCUCGGCCAGUAUGAAAAUCAAGGUGGAAUUGGAAUUCUUCCCGAAUGGCACUGUUUUUAAUGCAGCCACGGAAGAUGAUCAGAGAAGUCAUGGACUGGAAGGGCAGAAAACCAUUCCUACUACAACUCACGAGGCCGCCGGUCAAGAACAUCUCCAGUUACCUGCUGAGCAAAAAACACGCCCAAGAGCCGAUUCGGGUUCCUCGACAGCGUCCAUGAUUGCGGAUUACAGGGAACGGAACCGCAAAGUUUUGGACCAAGUGCCCAGUCUGAAGCAGCUGCCGAUUCACAAUUACAGUGGCGGAGGUGUCGGCGUCGCGGCCGGCAAGAAGAGGCUCGGGCAAAAUAAUUCUACCACACCAAAAUCUAGUACAAGCGCCGCUUCCUGCGCUUCUGGCGCGACGCCGCACAGUGUUAAGGGAACGAACAAGCCACAUACUAUAACCGUCGUCCGGAAGCGGGCGAAGCAGGACCAAGUCCGCACCGUGACGAACUGCGCCCUGAGCGUGCGCUUCUCCGUUCUGACCAAUCGAUUCACGCCGAAGCGGUUCGUCGCGUUCGUCGGCCAGAAGCAGUCGGAGGUGCAAAAUGUGAGAAAGAAGGUGUUUCAAACUCUCCUGGAGUUCGACCGCACGGGACAAGUGAGUAACGACGACUGUCUAGACGUGGGAAUCAACGUGUUACCCGAUACAGGCACGGUCGUUGACUGA